UCCACCGAGUCAUUCAAAUAAGAAGAAGAAGAAGGAGAAACUGUUCCUCAAUCGUCUUCUGCAAUGUCGGCAUCUCUUGGAACUCAGGUCUGGGCAUUGCUAUGGCGUCAACUAUGGAUUCAAAGGCUCAAACGGCGUCCCAUUAUGACGACGCUCGAAGUGCUGCUCGUCCUCAUAGCCUUCUUCGGCAUACAGGGCGACCGCCUCAUUCAAAAUAGUGCUGGAAUCUCUGGCGGAAACUGGUCAGAGACGCACGCUGCUACCGUGUUCUCGAGCCACACUCCGUCCCAGUUUCUAUGGCUUGCACCGCGUGUUGUGGUGUACGCCCCCAAUACUCCAUAUCUGGCUAGCCUCAUGAAGCUCGGCUUCCCGUCCUUUUUCAACCAAUCAGGUGCAAUGGUCACUGCCAACGAAGGAGAGAUGCAUCUUGUGUUUCUCAAUCAGUCAGCCGAACUGGAACAUCCGUUGCUCGUUCGAAGCCUCCUCAUGGCUGUGUUGUUUAAGAAUGCCACAGAAGACCCACCGAUCAGCCUCCGUUACCGCGUCAGUGCCUACCGACCUCGGACGUUCCUAACUGACCGCUUCACAUCGCUGCGAAGUUUUAGUCCGACGCGUGAAGAACGGGUUCAGGAUGACGCUAUCACCGGCAUCCAAAUGGCGAUCGAUCACAACCAUCUUGAACUCGUGCAGCUGUCAAGACGGCAUCGUUCUGUUCAGAAAGUGUACCAGGUUCGUACACGGCGCUUCCCUCACCCCAGCUACCUUUCUGACCGGGAAACAUUCCGUUCCUUCUUCGCCCUACGAGCCGCCGUUGGAUUCGCCGUACCUUUCUGCCUGCUUGUGGGACGCCUCGCCGACGAUGCUGCAUCUGGCUUGCGCGUCUUUCAGCGCCUCGUCGGAUUGCGCGAUACUGCGUACUGGCUAGGAUGCUACGCCAGCUCAAUGGCAACGGGGCUCUCCAGCUGCUUCCUCUUACUAGCGUACAUGCUUUUUAUACCAGGCGGAAUUCACGGCGUCACCUAUCUCCAGAAUGGUACAGCUGGAGUAGCAGCCAUGUCACUCGCACUCUUCUGGUCAGCGUCUGCUGUGCACGCAGCCUUGGUAUCCACACUGUUCCGCAGCACAACACUAGCCGUGGGUUUUGCCCUGCUGUGCUGGCUGCCCCCGGUCAUCGUCACUUGGGUGUUUUGCGAGGACAUUGAGGGACGCUUCGCUUCUUAUGCCUUCCUGGAUAGAAGGGUCAAGCUACUCACUGCUGCUCUUCCCAGUAUGGGACUUCAUUGGUGUUUCCGUGCCAUAGGAGCAGCUGCUGACCUGGCGGACAGACCUCACAGCUGGGCCGACGUGAAUACUUAUGUCCUCGGCAAAGACAACGUGACAGUGCUCGAAGUUUGGUGCGUCCUGUUGGCCACCAGCCUAGCGGCGCUCAUCUUCGCUUGGGGCUUCUCGUGUCUUCUAUCUGCUGUCAGCCCAUCCCUCAUGGUGAGGACAAUGGCAUGA